AUGGAAAGAAAAAUGAAGGGUUUCUUAGUUUUGGUUGUGUUGUGUAUGCUAUGUGGUUUUGGUACGAGCAAGGAGUGUACAAAUACUCCUACUCAGUUAUCGUCACAUACAUUUCGGUAUGCACUGUUAUCAUCAAAGAAUGAAACUUGGAAAGAAGAAAUGUUUGAGCACUAUCAUUUGACACCUACUGAUGAUUCAGCUUGGGCUAAUUUGUUGCCAAGAAAGAUUUUGAGAGAAGAAGAUGAGUAUAGUUGGGCAAUGAUGUAUAGAACUUUCAAAAGUCCGUUGAAAUCCUCUGGAAAUUUCCUUAAGGAAGUGUCAUUGCAUAAUGUGAGAUUGGAUCCAAGUUCAAUCCAUUGGCAGGCUCAACAAACAAAUUUGGAGUACUUGUUGAUGUUGGAUGUGGAUAGCUUGGUGUGGAGCUUUAGGAAAACUGCAGGUUUGUCUACUCCAGGCACAGCUUAUGGUGGCUGGGAGGCUCCAGAUUGCGAGCUUCGUGGACAUUUUGUGGGGCACUACUUGAGUGCAUCAGCACAGAUGUGGGCUAGUACUCACAAUGAUACUCUCAAAAAGAAGAUGUCUGCAGUAGUAGCUGCUCUAUCUGCCUGUCAGGAGAAAAUGGGCACCGGAUACCUUUCUGCUUUCCCGUCUGAGUUAUUUGAUCGGGUUGAAGCCAUAAAGCCUGUCUGGGCUCCUUAUUAUACUAUUCAUAAGAUCCUGGCAGGUCUUUUGGACCAAUAUACAUUUGCAGAUGAUGCUCAAGCUUUAAAAAUGGUGAAGUGGAUGGUUGAUUACUUUGAUAAUCGAGUUCAGAACGUUAUUACCAGUUACAGUGUGGAAAGGCAUUAUCGGUCACUCAAUGAGGAAACCGGUGGCAUGAAUGAUGUCCUUUACAAGUUAUUCAGCAUAACUGGAGAUCCAAAGCAUUUAGUGUUGGCUCACCUGUUCGACAAGCCUUGCUUCCUUGGUGUGCUUGCAGUACAGGCUGAAGACAUAUCAGGUUUCCAUGCCAAUACACACAUCCCUGUUGUUGUUGGUGCACAGAUGAGAUAUGAAAUCACUGGCGAUCCUCUUUAUAAGGAUAUGGGUACUUUCUUCAUGGAUAUGGUCAACACUUCUCACAGCUAUGCAACUGGAGGAACUUCUGUUAGCGAGUUCUGGUCAGAUCCAAAGCGACUGGCUAGCACAUUACAGACAGAAACUGAGGAAUCAUGCACAACUUACAAUAUGCUGAAGGUCUCUCGCCACCUGUUCAGAUGGACCAAAGAAAUGGCUUACGCAGAUUAUUACGAGCGUGCUCUGACAAAUGGUGUGCUAGGCAUCCAAAGAGGAACAGAGCCUGGCGUGAUGAUUUACAUGCUCCCACAACAUCCUGGAAGUUCCAAAGGCAAAAGCUAUCAUGGAUGGGGGACAUUCAAUGAUGCUUUUUGGUGCUGCUACGGAACAGGAAUUGAAUCAUUUUCGAAGCUGGGAGAUUCAAUAUAUUUUGAAGAGGAAGGAGAAGUCCCAGGUCUUUACAUUAUUCAGUAUAUAUCAAGCUCUCUUGAUUGGAAAUCUGGACAGAUUGUGCUCAAUCAGAAAGUUGAUCCUGUUGUUUCUUCGGACCCUUAUCUUCGGGUGACGUUUACCUUUUCUCCGGAGGAGGGGUCGAGCCAGGCAUCUACCUUGAAUUUGCGGAUACCAGUUUGGACACAUUUAGAUGGUGCUACCGCAACAAUAAACUCUGAGAGUUUGACUCUACCAGUUCCAGGUAGUUUCUUAUCAGUCAAUAGAAAAUGGAGCAGUGGCGACAAAUUAACCCUUCAGCUUCCCAUUAGUUUGAGAACAGAGGCCAUUAAAGAUGACAGGCACGAGUAUGCUUCUAUUCAGGCAAUACUUUAUGGUCCUUACCUACUUGCUGGUCAUACCAGUGGAGACUGGAACCUCAAAGCUGGAUCUGCUAGUUCUCUUUCAGACUCGAUAACACCAAUCCCUGCCUCUUAUAAUGGACAGCUCAUAUCUUUUUCCCAAGAGUCUGGGAAUUCAACUUUUGUGCUAACAAAUUCAAACCAAUCAAUUACAAUGGAACAAUUCCCUAAAUCUGGCACCGACGCUUCUCUUCAAGCCACAUUCAGACUUGUCUUUACGAACUCUUCUUCCUCCACAGUCUCCAGAAGUAAAGAUGUUAUCGGCAAAUCCGUCAUGCUUGAACCAUUUAAUCUUCCUGGAAUGCUUUUAGUGCAUCAAGGAAAAGACAGCAGCCUUGCAGUCACAAAUUCUGCCGACGAUGCUGGCUCUUCGAUCUUCCACAUAGUUUCUGGAUUGGAUGGAAAAGCUGGAACUAUAUCUCUGGAAUCAGGAAGCCAGAAGGGCUGCUAUAUACACAGUGGUGUGGAUCACAAAUCAGGUCAAAGCAUGAAGCUUAGCUGCAAAUCAGGGUCAUCAGCUACUGGAUUUAAUCAGGGAGCCAGCUUUGUAAUGAACAAAGGACUAAGUGAAUAUCAUCCAAUCAGCUUUGUGGCAAAGGGGGACAAAAGGAAUUUUCUUCUUGCACCAUUACAUAGUUUGAGAGAUGAAUUUUAUACUAUUUAUUUUAACAUUCAAGCUGAAUAA